AUGAGUGGAGAGGACAUGGUUCCAGGACCUCACUUGGCUGAUAAGAUAGCCUUUAUCUUUGCUACCAUUUUAUUCCGUUUGUGCUUGGUGGCAGUGGUGGGUAAUGGCUUAAUCACCAUGGCACCGGGCGUGGAGUGGUGGCUGCAGAGAACUUUGUCACCCUGCAGUAAGUUACCGGUCAGCCUGGGAGCCUCUAGCUUCUGUCUGUGAUGGGGGGUGAUGAGUAAGAACAUUUAUAUUUUCCUGAAUCCAAGAGCCUUCCCGUUCAACCCUGUAUUCCAGUUCCUAGUCUUUCAGUGGGACUUCUUGAAUGCUGUCACGUUUUGGUUCUCCACCUGGCUCAGUUUCUUGUACUGUGUGAAAAUCGCAACCUUCACCCACCCUGUCUUCCUCUGGCUAAAGCAGAUGCUGUCUGCAUUGGUUCCAUGGAUGCUGCUCAGCUCUGGGGGGUUCUCCAGCUCCAGCCCCAUUCUGUUUUUCAUAGGCAACCAGAGAAUAUGUCAGAACUAUUUAAAGAGAGCUCUGCAGCCUUGGAAUGUCACUGGGGAUGCUGUGAGAACACAUGAGAGACUCGACUUCUUCCCUUUGAUUGUUAGCUGGACAGUCCCCGCUGUCGUCUUCAUCGCUGGCGUGGCUUUGCUCAUUACAUCUCUGGGAAGACAAACCAAGAAGGUCUCCCUGGCCAUCUCAGGCUCUCAUGAUCCCAGCACACAGGCCCGCAUCACGGCUCUCCUGGCUCUCAUCUCCCUUACUGUCCUCUCCGCUUCCUGUUUUCUGUCACUGGUGCUCAGUGCCUCAGGUGUGUUUCCAUCGCGGGAACUCAGGUACUGGGUGUGGCGGGGGAUUUAUCUGUGCACAGCCGUCCACCCCAUUGUUCUUUUCUGGAGUAACGGCGGGCUGAGAGCUGCGCUAGAGAGGGGCCGCUCCUCAGGGCAUUGGGUUUCCAUGGCGAACGACUUCUACUACUUCCUCCAUCUGGUCGAGUACUGCGGGGGUCCCGCCUGGCAGUUCUUUGGUCUAUGCUGA